GACCCAGUGUACGUCAUGCGAGCUUUUCAACAAAUGGACAGAAACGAGCUGAUGUUGUUCGUCAAUUCGUUGAUUGGCUGAAAUCCAUGUGCACCAGGGCCACUGUCAAUCAAUACAGCGUGGACUUGUGGCUGACUUGGCCAUAGAUAGAGAAGUGUUUCGUCGUGCUGGACGUUUCAAGUUGAACGGGUUCUCUUUUCGUUCACUGAUUGAAUCGUGCUCACAUUGAAACAACUGCUCUAAUAAACAUUACCGCGAGUGUUCACCUAAAAUAAUCCGUCUUCAUCCAGUAAAUAAGGAAAAUUGUAGAAGAGUGUGGUUCUUCCUCCUUUCAUCAUGAGAUCGUUUGUCUGAAACAGCGUCGAGUCUGUCAGAUUAUCCGGUUGUAUAUUCGAAGUUAUUGCCUGCUUCUGUCCGCUCUGUGAGCCGUCCCUGCCGCCAUCGUGGCCACGUUAGAUCGGGACUACUCAAUUUACCACCCAUUUGGGGUGGCGACCUCAGGUGCUGGUACAGGUCAUCAUCACGGACUUGAGCACGACAUUAAAAUGACCGGUGGAAUUCCCGCGAUUCACAGCCACACCACGCUAUCCAUGGUCACUAGUCCAACGCCGACCUCCUCGCCGCCUUCGCAAGGUCACAUUCAGACCAAUGGAAGCGUCGGAGUCACUGGGUCUUCAGGUGGAGGUACCAACAAGAAGGACGCGGACCGGGUAAAACGACCGAUGAACGCCUUUAUGGUGUGGUCGAGGGGUCAGCGACGCAAGAUGGCUCAAGAAAACCCCAAGAUGCAUAAUUCUGAAAUUAGUAAGCGACUAGGUGCAGAGUGGAAGCUACUGUCGGAAGCCGAGAAACGACCUUUCAUCGACGAGGCCAAGCGACUGCGGGCCGUUCACAUGAAGGAACACCCCGAUUACAAGUACAGGCCCCGAAGAAAGACCAAAACGUUGAUGAAGAAGGACAAGUACCCACUAGCUGCGGGGUUGCUUCCAACGGACAGCCGAGCCCCCACUGCCGUAUCACAGGUUAGUCGAGAUAUGUACCAGAUGAAUGGUUAUAUGCCUAACGGUUACCCCACCAUGAUGCACGAAGCUUACCAACAGCAUGCGGCAGCAGCAGCUUCAUAUGGGACUCAGAUGGCAGCCAACAAUGCUCUUUACUCUCGAUAUGAUAUUGCCCAGCUGUCCACACCAAUGACCACAUGUUCCAACAUGAGCAUGCCUUAUAUGAAUGGUAAUUCCAACUAUUCUAUGCCCAUGUCCUCCUACUCUCCCAUGCAAACCGCCAGUCCCAUGUCUGCUCCAUGCCCAAUGAAGUCAGAGUCUAACCUCAGCCCAGGUGCUCAGACCCCUCCUUGCGCCAUGACAGCAGCAGCCGUAGCAGCAGUGACCGGUAGACGACCGGGGUGCACAUCUGACCUCCGUGACAUGAUCAGUAUGUAUCUACCUGGCGAUGGCAGCGGUGACCCGAACCUCCAAAGACUUCAGAUGCAGAGUCACUAUCAUCAAGCCGAACCCAUAGGACCCGGCACUAUGCCCUUAACACACAUGUAACUAUCGAGUGACUUUUAAUAGAGACUUAGCAGUCCGAGAUUUUUGUGGAGCCUCUGGUGAUGGACACUCACUCACAAAAGACCGACUGAACACAGGACCGAUGGCAACGAGACACCAAUAGCCAGCGAAAACGCUGAACAGCGUUGAUUUCCUUGUUGUCAGUCGUUCCAGCUGCACGUAAGUAAAUUUAUGCUGAGGUCCAAUUUCUUAAGUGAGUUUCAGUAGAGGUAGUUGUAUAUAUAUAUAGAACUCUGCACUUGGACUAUUUUUUUUUCCUUUUUGACCGUGCCUGUUCAAGGCCAGAAAAAAGAUGAUGCUUUUUCUUCAAGAAAAAAAAAAGACAAUAGCAAAAAAACCCGAGUACGUUGGUGUUUAAAAUAAAGCAAGCAUAUGUCUAGAUCUAAUCGUGUUGUCUGAGUGUGGAUAGGAAACAGACAUUUACAGAAGAAGUUAAUUACACCGACGUCGUAGUUCCUGUUGUAGAGAUGUGACAGUCAGUGUUAGGCCUGGGACGAGCACAGUUAAGUCACUGUUCAAAAUGCUUGUAACUAAUAUUAAAAUAAAUCUUAAUUUAUAAUCUGUUUAAAAUAACCAUUCAGCUAUUGAUCACAUGAUGUCUAUAGUUGAUCCUGUAGAAGUGGUGUUUAUAUGUACAUAUAUAUAAUGUCUGUAUAUUAAGUUUAUUAUAUUUGCGUUUCGUUAUUGUUCUUAAAUAAGCUGUUAUAUUGAAAAAGUAUAAUUAAUGACCUAAAUCUUCACAACGUUAUCAAAAUUCAAAGUGAUUGAUGAAAAACAAUGGAAGGAAGUGGCAAGUAUAUAUAAGUGAUUGUUUUAAACUAAAAAAAAACAACAACUAGACAACUUCAGAUUGUGUAGUAGAAAUUAAUACGAGAUACUUAUUUAAAAGAUUUCAAAUGAGUGGAAAGCAUUAGGUUGAGGUAAAUUUGCUGUUUGUCAACUUUUUAUAAAGGACUUGAUGUAGUUUAGAUGAAGGGCGACAUACCUUCUUUGAUUGAUGUUAUCUGUUAAUUUCCAAGUGUUUUCUUUGUAAUUUAUGAGGUUUUCACUUUUAAUAUAAAAAUUGUGAAUAAUUACAAGUCAGAACGACUGUAAAAAAAAAAGUGAGCUUGGAUUGGCUUAUGUACCAACUUAUAACUACGUUUUAAAGCUCCACUUUCGGGCUUUGUAGCUAUAUUUCUGCUGAUUUCAUUUAAAACUGUUGAUUUCUAUCCUUUAUAAUUUUCUUUUUUGAAAUGGUUUUAAAUAUACAAAGAUAACUUUUAUUUAUGAUAAUACGGUUCUUUUUGGAUAGAUUCCUAUACGCUCAAGAUCGUUCUUAACAACUAAUAUUUUUGUUAUUUGUUCAGAAGUUUGCUUGAACAAAAAUAAUUGAAAAAUAAAAUCAUUUCGAUUAAGCUGACGAGUUUGUCCCUUUCACAAGAUCACUUGUUCAUAAGCAAUAGCUUUUUCCCAUUUUCCAAUAACGGCUUAAAUGAGAAAAACAUGCAAAUGUAAGCUUUAAAUAGAAGUUUACAAAUAAAUCACAUGUGUAGUAAUUUCGCUAUAGUUUACGGAUAAGUUACAAUGACAGUUAUAUGAUAAUAUACGUGAUUCACAGCUUUGAUUUAACGUUAUACAGUUGUGUGAAAAUAAACUUAAAGAUCCGAUUAUUAAGGUAAUUUUCCCGAUAUCACUUCCUAAGAAUAGCAACUUUGCUGUGGUACAUGUAAUCAAAUCAGAAAACUUUGCUGUGGUACAUGUAAUCAAAUCAGAAUUAGGGACGUUCGUUCAGUUUGUUGAUGUUGGUAUUGUUGUUUUUCUUUCCUAUAAUUUGAAAUUAAAGUGUUCCUAAAAUUGUUGUAUACUUUAAGUAAAAUUUGUAUUUUUGGGACUCCGCCAAAUAAAAACAAAUUCUUUCAACCAUGAAAAGAAAUCCUAUUCAACCAAUUAUGUUGUAUUUUUUAAGUAGUUUAAAAAACAGUCACUGAACAACUCCUGAAGGAAUUCGUUAGAUUGUUUCUUUAGACAAGAAGUUUUAAAACUUUUGAUUUCAGAAGUUUAGUUAUUACUGGAUCCUGUAAUUGUAUACUUUAGAUUUCCCGUUUAAAAGAAAAUAACAGGAUAACAGUGAAAUUCUAAUAAUCCGUGAGUGAAAGCAGAGAACAAUAUGUUAUAAUAUGUCAACCGCACUACAUCUGCCGUAUCCAGUGCCGACGAGGCCUUUUGUGCAAUACCAGGACUCAUCGGGUCGGCUGAGAUGUGACAGAGAUAGUAGUGGUCUAAGCGCUAAUGUUGAACUGUGUCUAUGUGUUAAGGAAAUAAUAUACUAGCUUUCUUGUGACAUCCAGUUUCUCUGUAUUAGCAUAUGAUGAUCAAGUUGAAAUAUGGUAAUAUUACCGAAAGAAAAGCAUUGUUAUCUGUAUAUACUGUACUCGUCCUAAGGCCAAUAAAAGUCUUGGCACAAUCUA